AUCGGCCAUUCCUCUUCUUCCAACCUUCCAACCUAUUUCCCUACAUCCAUCAUCCCAUCAAUUUCCCAUCUCCUUUUCCCUCCAUCUCUAAGUUCAGAGAACUUAAAGAAGCUGUUGGGUUAAUACGUGUAACUUGUAACUUUGAAUCAUUUUAUCAAGGCGUCAGUUAAUUUGUUCGUCGCGCAUCGCAUCAUCCAUCAUGAAGGGAGCUCUCCUUACCGCAGCUGUGCUGCUAGGCUCCGCCCAGGCCGGAGUCCACAAGAUGAAGCUUAAGAAGAUUCCUCUAUCAGAGCAACUGGAGAGCAUUCCGAUUGAUAGCCAAAUCCGAGGCCUCGGCCAGAAGUACAUGGGUCCCCGACCGGAGACGCAUAGCCAGGCUGUCUUCCAAGACACCUCCGUUCACGUCGACAAGGACCAUCCCGUUCCUAUCUCGAACUUUAUGAACGCUCAGUACUUUUCUGACAUCAGCAUCGGCACACCUCCCCAGGACUUCAAGGUUAUCCUUGAUACCGGCAGCUCUAACCUCUGGGUUCCUUCUUCGUCGUGUGGUAGCAUUGCUUGCUACCUACACUCGAAGUAUGACUCGUCUUCUUCCUCAUCCUACAAGAAGAACGGCACCGAGUUCGAAAUUCGAUAUGGGUCUGGUAGCUUGAGCGGCUUCGUGUCGCAAGAUACUAUGACUAUCGGCGACCUUACGGUUAAGAACCAAGACUUCGCUGAGGCAACUAGUGAGCCCGGUUUGGCUUUCGCUUUCGGUAGAUUCGACGGCAUCCUCGGUUUGGGUUUUGACCGUCUUUCCGUGAACGGCAUCGUACCCCCCUUCUACCAGAUGGUCAACCAACAGUUGAUUGAUGACUCUGUCUUCGCCUUUUACCUCAGUGGUGAGAACGGGGGCGAGGACUCGGAGGUGGUUUUCGGUGGUGUCGACAAGGACCACUACACUGGCAAGAUCACAGAACUCCCGCUGCGCCGCAAGGCCUACUGGGAGGUCGACUUCGAUGCCAUUUCUUUUGGCGACGAGACUGCUGAGCUAGAGAACACUGGAGUCAUCCUAGACACUGGUACUUCUUUGAUCGCUCUGCCUACCGAUCUCGCUGAGCUGCUAAACAAGGAAAUCGGCGCCAAGAAGAGCUUCAAUGGACAGUACACAGUUGACUGCUCUGUCCGAGACUCGCUUCCUGAUGUCUCAUUCAAGCUAGCCGGUCACGACUUUGCUAUCAGCGCCUAUGAUUACAUUCUAGAGGUGCAGGGCAGCUGUAUCUCGACCUUCAUGGGCAUGGACUUCCCGGCUCCUGUUGGUCCUCUUGCCAUCCUUGGUGAUGCAUUCCUUCGAAAGUGGUACUCCAUUUACGACCUUGGCAAGGGUACCGUCGGCCUGGCUCAGGCUAAAUAGGUUAAGGGCGACGAGAACUUGACUGAGGAUUUGUAAAUAAUUUGUGAUGCUGUUCGCGAGAUUGCGAUGACAAGAUGGAUUUUCAAGCUGGUCAAAUCAUAAUUCAAAGGCAACAGCGGGUUUGAGUACGUCUUUGAUUUGUCCUGAGCAAGGGAGACUUUUUCUGUUUUGGAGUAUUUCCUUUACGCCUACUUUACUGUCAAGCAUGAUGAGACACAGAGUCUCCGUUGUAACAUUACACCCAGCAACACGUAGUCAAUUUGCAUCAUACAAACGUGCUAUAUCAUUUUGAUGGGUGGAAGUAGGACUGAUAUGCAACUUUACGUUACCAAUUGUAUCACGUAGGGAUAUCCACUAAACAAUUUAUGGUGUUUAAACGAGGCGAAACUCAAAGAGCUAGUUAAGUUGGAACUGAGUUGGAACGUUGAAGUUACUUAAUAAAUUGGUUUACAGUCAACUGUCGGGUUGAUUUUGAGUACUUCAAAUGUUACCAGUAUGGUGGAUAUGUACUAUGAUGUAGUUCGAGUUGGCAACAUCAACAAACCAAACAUUGAUGAAUGCUCAUCAAUGCUCAUCAAUGCUCAUCAAUGUUGGUAUUUUGACGCGUACUUCGAUAUGUA